UAUUUCCAAAUUGAUUUCUAGCUUUCUAAAAUAUGUAAACUUAAAAUUUCAAUUUUCUUGAGUACUCACAAUGUAUGUACAACUGUUUCACGUUUUCCAUGUCUAUUUUAAAUAUAAAAGCAUGCAAUGGUUUUAAUCAUUAAGGUACUUCAAUGUGUGUUUCCUGUUCCCGUGUCUCGUGCAGCCAUAACAACCGUUUCACCUCCAACCCUUGACGUCACAAGUUCGACACCUGGGGUCACACGUUUUGCACCUUUGACACUUGACGUCACAAGAAUGGCUGUUAUAAUCGCAGGAUCGUUUUUGUGCGGCUGUGUUGUGACUGGACUCUGUGCGGCGCUUGUUCUGUGUUUCCGGCAUUCAGGAGCUUGCAGGAGGCUGACAAGUGUUCAAGCUACACAAAGUGGACGUCACGUAAGCCCACAAAGUGGUGACGUCAGCAUGGCAGAGGUCAGGGAGUCAACUCAGGCUUCGCCACCUGGCGCUGCUCAAAGUUCAGGAUCCGCUGAGGGUGCAGCAGGAGGUGAGCCACACCCUCAUCAUGAUGACGAUUUACAAGACUACGUCAACGCCAGGAUGGGUCAGAGCCUGGAGGUCCUCGUCCCACAGAAGAAGGGAAAUGCUUACAAACCUUUUCCCACGCGCUGGCCUCAGCACAAGGUCGUCACCGUCACCAAAGCGAACUUGUCUGACGAUGAAGAGUACGAAGAGAUGAUAUAACCUGUUCAACUCAUUCUCUACAUCAGAAAAUUAUCAUCGAUGUAAAUCGCCUGGUUGAUAAGGCACUGGGAUGUAUCAGGGGAAAACCCAAAAUUACCGACUUGCAAAAAAAAAAAAUGUCAGAUGCUGUUAUAUAACUGUAUUGCAUAAAAUUAUCUAUAGUCCUUUGUUUUUAAUAACAAUUUACGGCUAGUUAACGUGACAAUUGAAAAACCUCAAUUUUUCAUAGAUUUAAUAUUGAAGUAUCAAGAUAAAAAGUAAACCCACUAAUAGCACUGGUCAAUACAUUUUUACAAAAGUCCUGUUAUGGAAAUCAUUUCUUAUCCAUUUUAUGUGCCCAACACGAAUGUGACAAACAAGCUGCAACCUUUGCUCUAUUUUUUAAUCUGCAAUAAUUAUUGCACACUUCACAAAAUGUAUGCUAAUAGUAAUUGACCUGUAAUGCCUGUAAAAAAUCAUGACAUACACUAAGUCUGAGAUUUUGUUGCCGGUCUCUUCCACUGCUGUUCGGGAGCGUCUCUGGGGAAUGUUCCACGGUAGUCAGCCAACAUGGUAGUGGACAACUGACUCUUGUAUCUUUUUUCAUUGUUGGGAUAUCUUGAUGAAAAUAUUCACCGUGUUUAUCACUAACCAUACAACAGUUGCCAGGAAAGAAAUCCAGAUGGGAGUGAAGAAAGUGGAUCUUCAGAGACAUAUUGCAGCCAGGUUUCUGAUCCUGCAUCAACAUGUCUUCUACUAGUUCCUUGUAGUUUUCUGCCCUUGUUUUUGAAGAGUUUUAGACAUCAUAAUAAAUGUAUUGCAUAAAACUAACCAUUGUUCUUUGUUACUUUACUAAUAAUUAAUGUGAUCUAAAAAUAACCUUUCAGAGAUAUGAUCAGUUGUA